AUGUGCUGCAUCCAGGGCGCCUCCGGGGAUCCGUAUUUGGCAGCACCUCUAAAUCAGACAGGCAGAACUUGGUCAAAGAAAAGAUGGAUUUCUUCCUAAAGAUGGAUGAGGAAGACUCAGCUGGCCCUGGAGCAGGAAGAGGCCAUGCUAUGGAAACUGGGAGCAGUGAGGGAUUCUGGGAAAGCUCAGGGCAGAAGAUCCUGGGAGAGGAGGACACCCUUCGCUCAGAGGUGCAGAGCCAGCAGUUCGGGCAGUCCUGUCACCAGGAGGCUGAAGGACCACGAAAGGUUUGCAGCCAACUCUACCACUUUGACCAUCAAUGGCUGAAGCCAGAAAGGCACACGAAAGCUGAGAUGCUGGACCUGGUGAUCUUGGAGCAGUUCCUGGCUGUCCUUCCAGCGGAGAUGGAGAGCUGGGUGAGGGAAUGCGGAGCAGAGACCAGUUCCCAGGCCGUGGCCCUGGCCGAAGGUUUCCUCCUGAGUCAGGCGGAGGAGAGGAAGCAGGUGAGAGAGACUUUCCUCCGGAUGCUCCCAAGGGGCUCCAAACAGGAGGGAGAAGAUCCCUAAAUUCCAUCCU